AUGGCGCUCCAGCAAAGUCCGCAAUAUCGCGUCAAUUCCCACGCUCAAGCACAGUAUGACCGAUUGUGCGAGAAGUACGGUCUUAGCCCAACCGCAGACGAUAUCACAGCAAUCGAACGUGUCAUCAGUCCCAUCAACACUCACAAUCCCAUUGGCCGUCGAUUCGAACCGGGCUUACUAUUCUUCCUCUCAAGAUCAGACGUUCGAUUCGAGCAAGACGCUCUGUUGAUCGGAUGGGUCCUAAAAACCCAUAAACCGAAGCAGGAAGUUUGGUUCAAGCUUUCCACUGGCGUUAAAGGUUUCUUGUAUCAUCUUCCUGAUGGUUCGUCGGGCUCUCGGUACUAUCCAGGUGGAAGCAUCUGCGACGAAUGGCACCCCAACAUACUCGACAUUGUUGGUUGGGACAACAACGCACAUCGCCUUUUACAGUAUGCCUAUCUUCGCUCCUGCGUCAGAAUCCUUCAAGCCGCUGUCCCGCCGCCCUCCAUUGAGAGCUCACAACCGGCUAUUCAAAGCUCUGCAUCAACGAAUUCGACUACAAUCAGCCUAACUAGUCCUAGUGAAGAGGUCGAACCCCAGCUUGAACCGACCAUCGCUCCUAUUGGUCCUACAGCCUCACUUAUAAUCGACCUGACGGGCUCUGAAGAGGAGGCUACCACUAAGCUUGAAGUCAAUCCUCCACCAGCAUCCAUCGACCACGGAAGAACCCACCGUGCACAAGUCGAAGCCAGAAUCCUGGCGUUCCGUGAGAAGCUCGGCAGCAAGGAGGUUGAAGAGCUCGAGAAAAUGUUAGAGAAGCAGCUUCCACCCUGGAUCAAGAAGCUGGCCGAAGAAGUCCUACAAAAGAAGAUGCUUGAGGAACUGGACCUGGCUGAAAGCAUGCUCCUGUGA